ACAGAUUUGUAGAAGGAAUGACUCUGUCCUUUUCAAGGUAUUCAUGGUAUUGUAUCUGACAUUUUACUUUGUCAAGAUGGUGCCCCAAUCUUCAUUCAAUUCGUCACUGAAACUCUGAAAGUUAGAAGUACGUUAAGAUCAUGUUUGGUGGAGGUGCAUUUGGUCGAUCUGCCCAGAUUGAGAAGAAGUUUGGCUUUGAAAUGGAAGGAUUAACCGCUAUCUGCGUGGGUCUUGGAGAAAUCGAGGAAGGCGAAGAUGGGAAUGCUAUCGGCUAUGAUACAGGAGAACACUGCUCAGAAAAUUUGAAGGAUUUACUAAGGUUUCUGAGGCGAGAUGACCCACAGACAAGAGAAGUAUUCAAGCAAGUUUGUAAAUGGAACAUUGUAGGGAAACAAUUGCUCCCUAUUAUAGAGUAUUGCCAUGAAGAUCGUAAUUUGGUGCUAAGUACUGUCAAGGUCCUGGUACUUUUAACCAUGCCAAUUGAGUUCUCAUCAAUUGACAUACCCCAGCAGUUGGAAGACCUUUGGGCGAUAAAGUCUUCCAUUACUCAUAGCGAAGUUGUGCCAGUGAUCAUGUCUCUCUUGGAAAGCCCUUUAGAAAAUCUUGAAUGUGAAUCCUUCACUGAGGAUGACUGGAAACUUGUUCAGCUGGUGGUUACAUUAUUUCGCAACAUUUUAGCAAUUCAAGAUAUUUCACCACAUCAAAAAGCUGGCGGGGCAUCUACCUUGCAAUUCACGUACCUAAGAGACAAGUUUUUGGAACUUUUAUUUCGAGAGAACGUAAUGGAUGUGAUCUUAGUUUUGUCACAGCAUGUGGGUGGCAGUUGUAGAUAUCUCCAACACGAUAACCUCCUCGUGCUGGAAACUUUUUACUACAUAUUUAUUGGUCAAGAGCCAGAGUUGAUUGCAAAAGCUUAUUCGAAGUGUUCAAAGGUGGAUGAAGUUGUUGUAAGUUCAGUUAACACUCUCACAGAGAUUAUGCAAGAGGAACGUGAAAAGAGAAGGCUCAUCCGUCAACGGAAUCUAGGUUGCUAUUCUCAGUUUGGCGGAACAUUCACACGGCUUUCCUUGGAUGGCUCAAAAACAUUAUUGAAAGGGAAUCCUUUGGUUUCUCAUGAUGCUCGGCUUAAAGUUCAUAAAAAUCACCGAGGUCCAAUGAAAAGAACGGCGUGGGACCAGGGCAGAUUACCAUCAACCAAUCAUAAGAUUUUAGAGCUACUAUAUGAUUUCAUUAACCAAUUCUUAGAAGGGGGAUACAACGUUUUGAUGGAGUCAGUGAGGGAAGAUAUUGAGAAAGAACAUCACUCCAUUCAGAACAGUGAUGUACUUGUAUUCAUUCAAGUUGCACAAUUUGUUGUUUCUUUUCAGUACCACAAAUUUUCAAAUAAGCCUAAUGCUGGAGCUCAUACCAAUUCACCAGUCAAUUGUCAUUCCGAUGACACUUUGUUUCCGGGCUCUAUAUGUGGUCCAAUUGCCGAAACACUAAAUGAGUCAAUGUUCCAACUGGUUAAUCAUAAGUGGCGAUAUGCCUUUGACACACUGAAGGAAACAAAUGACUGUAAAUUUCUUUCUGCUGCCGGAUCCUUCAUGAAAACUAUGCUUCUCAUGCUGGAUUUGGUCCUUAAGCAGUCCCCAGACGAUUCCAAUGAAAACCAAACUACUCGUAUCCUUCUGUACAAGUUAUUCUAUGACCAGACUGAUGAAGGAAUGACUCAGUUUAUCUUGAACCAGAUCAAAUCAUUUGAUACCCAUAAGCAAGCAAAAAGUUACCUUGCUGAUUUGUUAGAAGCUAUGAGUAUUGUUCUCCAGCUCAUGGAGAAGCUUCAAGCAUGCGGCAUGCUAAGGGUUUCAAAGAAGUUGAGGAAGAAACAGAAGAAAAAAACAAUGAUGGAUGAUGAGAAAGUAAAUCAUGGUAACAUAUUCCCAGAUAAAACUACAGUUCAAAAUGAUCAAGAGGGAUCUGACGGUGAAAAGGGAACAUUUGCAUAUCCGGACAUGCAAGGAGAUAAUUCCAUUCCAUCUCAGGUUGAUGAACCUAUGGUAUUGGGUGUGAAUAACACAAAUAUUGAUGACCAUGAAGAAACGCCUGAAAAUUUUAAUGCUGUCCAGAAAGACAUUGAUGGCUUCAGCAAUGAGAGACCAAUGAAUAUUGAUGUUGUGAAUGUUGAUGAUGAAUCUUCAGAACAUAAAAGAACUUCUGAAAGCUUCCAUGAUUUAAAUAAUGACACCAACAACCAGUCUGGUGAGGAGGAGGAUGUGAUGACAGGUGAAGUUGAUCUGAAAGUUUCUGCUUUGGUUUCUGCUCUUGCAAGCAACUCUAUUGUGCAGAAUCUCUGUUGGCUGUUGAAGUUCUAUAAGACAAACUCUAUUAUUACAAAUGAUUCUAUCGUACGCAUGCUGCAGAGGAUCUGUGAUGAUUUGGAACUUUCUCCUAUGUUGUAUCAGUUAUCUCUUCUCACAAUAUUCUACAAUAUUCUGGAGGAGCAGAAUUUAAGGCCAUGCAAAGAGUAUGAGAGUAUUGUCGGCUUCCUUACUGCUUUAGUAAGAAGAAUGCUGCGGAAAAUGAAGAGUUGUCCUCUACUUUUUAUAGAGGUCCUCUUUUGGAAAACACGCAGCGAAUGCUUUUAUAUCAAUUGUGAAUCUAUGCUUAACGAUCUCUCUAGUAUAAAGAAAAGCAACAAAAAAGGGAGUUUUAUUGGAGAAGGUGAACUCCAUUCAUCCGAUAGGCAAGGAUGGAACAGCAGAAGUAUAGCCGAUGCACUUGGUGAUGAUGAAGCGGACUUUGUAUUAUCGCAUGGAGAUUUUGUAAGGGACAAGGCACAUGGUGGGGAAGGAGGUAGCAAUCAAAAUCUUGGUGAAGAGGAGGAACAUAACUUUGAAUCCAUCUCAGAUGAGGAACAUUGUGAAACUAGAAAGUUUGACAAAGAGGAUCACUUUGUUGAAAAAGAGGUUGAAAGGGUGCGAAAAAGAAGAAAACUAUCAGUCCUUGGCAAUGAGCUGAAAGAAAAAGUGAAGGAACUUUAUGAGAAAUAUAAAGAUCAACAACAUUGUGAUCGUCUCAUUGCUGAAGCCCUUGAUCCAGAUGGGAAGGUUUCACCACUUCAAGUAUCCAAAGCACUUAAACAUCUUGGAUUAAAGAUUCCACGAAAGAAGAGAACACCAAGUACUACCCAUGUUGCCAAUCAAUUUGGGCCUCCACAAUUGGAGGAAUCUUCAGUACGGACUAUAAACACGAGAAAGAGGGUGCAAGCAUUCAGUGAAGAGCAGGAGCAGAAAAUCAAAGCUUUAUUUGAGCAGUUCAAAGCUCAAAAGAGGUGCAGCCAGAUGAUAGCCAAUGCAUUGGGUCCCGAGGGAACUUUCACAGCAGCAAAGGUUACACGCAAACUCAAACAGCUCGGCUUGCUUCUCGGCUUGCUUGUUCCCAAAAAGAAGUCUAACUCUAACUUACAUUUGAGGAAUGAAACUUCUAGUGACAACUCUGAUGAUGAAACUUUGAUGUCAAUGAAGAUGAGGAGCAAGAAACAGGUGAUGGGAAGUGCUCAUGAAGAAAAACAAGAUGAAUCUGAUGACGAACUUCUAAGUAAAGUUGUGAAGAAAAUUAGCAAGAAAACUGAAGAUAACCGCACUAACAAUUCAACUGCAGAAGAAGGUUUUGCAGAGAUGGAUAGUGAGAUGUCAAGCAGGGGCGACUUUGAAGACACGAGUGAGGUCCAAGGAAAUGAAGACCUGCCCUCAAAAAACCAAGCCGGGAAUGGAGGAAGUGGAUUCGACAGUGAGAGGAGAGAUUUGCAGCGGUUGGAGGUCAUCCAUGAGUUGGAUGAUGAUGAUGAUGAUGAUGAUGAUGCUCCCAUUCCAUUGUCUAAUAACAAUAACAGGAGAACUGAAGGAUCAAGAAGAAGGCUCCGGAUGGCAUUGAUUGAUUUGGAUGAGGAAGAAUGAUGAAUUUACAAGGAUGUUUUUGUGUGCAGAGUCCCCUCAAGGUUUUUGAUCCAUGUUCUUUUCAUGUUCUUGUAAGCUGUAAUUAAAAGUGAACUCCAAAUGUAUGAAACCCAGAAAACUGUCUGGUGUUUAAGUAAGGUAUAUAUAGCUGUAAUGUAAUAAUGUUUGUUCAUUAAUGAGUAUCAAGUUUCACAAUAACUAUUUGGCUUACUU